AAUAAUCCUCUUACAGCAUUAUGCUGAGCUGCGGUCGAGCCUGCCAUGCCCGGCGCCCUUGUAGCUGAAGCCCGGAGUCAGCAUCUCUGUCCGGCCGCAGCUGGAGGGACGAGCUGCCGAGGAGCCGCGGAGCAGGGACCGCAGUCCUUCCACAGGUUGAAAGCUGGCUGCCGUGAAAGAUGAGACCCACUUCGUGCAUGAGUGCGUGUAUCUUCACCGACAGAGGCGUCUUCUGGCCACAUAACGCCACAGGAGGGAUGAGGGAAUAGCAAUGCAUCUGACAUAAAUUCCUCUCUCCGGAGUCCCAGUGAACAUGCACUCGCCUCAGAGGAGGAGACUGGUCCGCAGCCGCGUCCUCUUCUUCCUUUCGGGUGUGCUGCUGUGUUUCGUGUACACGCUGACCCUGAAGGCCAGGUUGUCCCAGCCACGGCCAAACUACCAGACUGCUGACUUUGUGGGAGCAGAGUGGGGUGAGGAUGGGGAUGUGGAGGUCAGCAUCCGGGAGUUGGUGGCGUCCAAUGAGACUGAAGACGAGGUGGAAGCACAAGCCUCGACCACCAAGCCCCCGCGGGUGAUAAUCGUAAACAGGACAGAUAUUGAAACGUGUAUCUACGUAGAGCCUCAACCUCCUAAACCCCCUCCGACUCCCCCACCGGUGACCACCACCGCGGCUCCCCCACCGCCCCCACCCGAGCCCCCCCACAGGAAGGGGGACUACCCGGAGGACCUGUUCUCGGUGGAGGAGCGGCGGCAAGGCUGGGUGCUCCUGCACAUCGUCGGCAUGACCUACAUGUUUGUGGCCCUGGCCAUCGUUUGCGACGAGUUCUUCGUCCCCGCGCUGGAGGUCAUCACCGUCAGCCUGGAGAUCUCCGACGACGUGGCUGGGGCCACCUUCAUGGCCGCCGGGGGCUCCGCCCCGGAGCUCUUCACCUCCCUCAUCGGUGUCUUCAUCUCCCACAGCAACGUCGGCAUCGGCACCAUCGUGGGCUCGGCCGUGUUCAACAUCCUGUUCGUGAUAGGCAUGUGUGCCGUCUUCUCCCGGGAGAUGCUGCACCUCACCUGGUGGCCUCUGUUCAGGGAUGUGACUUUCUACAUCCUGGACCUCAUCAUGCUCAUCGUCUUCUUCCUGGAUAACGUGAUCCUGUGGUGGGAGAGCAUUAUGCUGGUGAUGGGCUACAUAAGCUACGUGAGCUUCAUGAAGUUCAACUCUCAGAUUGAGCAGAUGGUCAAAAACCAGCUGAACAAGCACGUGAACACCGUCAAGGUGUGGAGCGGAGAGGAGCCAGAGAAGGACAGCGAGGCUGCACCUCCUCCUCCAGCUGCUCCUCCUGCUGCACCGCCAAAAGACGAGGAUAAGUCCAAAUCAGAAGCCGAACCGCCUCCAAGCACCCCAGCGCGCAGCAUCCCACAAGCGGAGACGCAGGAGGACAAAACAAGACUCAGGGUGCGUCCUAUCCUGCAGAGAGGCGGCAGCUCGGCUUCCCUCCACAACACCUCGCUGCGGAGCACCAUCUUCCAGCUCAUGAUCCACACGCUGGACCCUCUGGGAGAAGAUGAAGAUCUAACGUCAGAUAAACCCGCUGACGAUGCUCCCCCAGAGGGCGCUGCAUCCGAGCCAUCCACCUCGCAGCCUCCAAAGACUGAAGAGACGUCUGAAAAGGCAGAAGAGACAGGGCAGGGAGAGGCAGAAGAGGCAGAAGAAACGGGGCAAAAAGUGUCUGAAGAUGUAGAAGAAACGGGGCAAAAAGUGUCUGAAGAUGUAGAAGAAACGGGGCAGAAGGCGUCUGAAGAGGCUGAAGAGGCAGAAGAGACGGGGCAAAAAGCGUCUGAAGAGGCAGAAGAGACGGGGGAAAAGGGGUCUGAAGAGGCAGAAGAGACAGGGCAGAAAGCGACUGAAGAGGCUGAGGAGUCAAAGGCGGCUGCAGCAGCAGGAGGGUCAGACGGCUCGGGCGUCAGUAGCGGGGACGACAACAGCGAGGACGAGAAGAGCGAGGAGGAAAGCGCCGACUCCGGUGAAAGCGAUGGCGAGAAGGACAAAGAUGAAAACAAGGAUGAAAACAAGGAUGAAAACAAAGAUGAAGACAAUGAAGAAGCCGAAGAAGAGAGCGAGCCGCUGUCCUUACAGUGGCCGGACAACAAACGCAAGCAGGCCACGUAUCUGUUCCUGCUGCCCAUCGUGUUCCCGCUGUGGAUGACGCUGCCGGACGUCCGCAACCUGGCGUCCAGGAAGUUCUUCAUCGUCACGUUCAUCGGCUCCAUCUUCUGGAUCGGCAUCUUCUCCUACAUGAUGGUGUGGUGGGCUCAUCAGGUGGGUGAGACCAUUGGCAUCUCGGAGGAGAUCAUGGGCCUGACCAUCCUGGCAGCCGGGACCUCCAUCCCCGACCUGAUCACCAGUGUGAUCGUGGCCCGGAAAGGCCUGGGAGACAUGGCCGUGUCCAGCUCGGUGGGCAGUAACAUCUUCGACAUCACCGUAGGCCUGCCGGUGCCAUGGCUCAUGUACACUGUUCUCCACGACGGGGAGCCGGUGACCGUCAGCUCCAACGGCCUGUUCUGCGCCAUCGUGCUGCUCUUCCUCAUGCUCCUCUUCGUCAUCAUCUCCAUCGCCGUCUGCCGCUGGAAGAUGAGCAAAAAGCUGGGCUGCACCAUGUUUGUACUGUACUUUGUGUUCCUGGUCCUCAGCGUCAUGCUGGAGGACCGCGUGCUCAUCUGUCCCGUCUCCAUCUGAGCCGACCAGCUCAACGACAUCCCUGCAAACGACUGGGCUUCUCCAGACAGGACCAGUACUGUAUGUUGGAUACGAUAGAUAGGUGAACCAGGCCUGAUGUCAAAAGGCUGGAAACGCACACACUUGAUUUUAUGUUGUUGAAGGAAAACUCCCCUCUAGACUUACUUUCACAGACGCAACAAAUAACUUCUCAGAGUUUAAUUUAUACUUGAAUUGAACAUAUUCUCACAACUGAAGCAAAGAGAGAUUAUUAAAUGCUUCUCACAAUAACUGCUUCUGUGUUAUCUUGCAAUCGUUUGUGAGCUGACUCUAAACACCUCAACCACCAUUCACCCAUCCCCGAUUUAGAUGCUCUCCUGCUCUGACACACCCAGUUCUUGAGGAUUCUCGUUUUUAGAUGUCAGUGACAUUGAUCCAUUUGGAUAGGGGAUGCUGGAGCGGGAGAACCCGGCUUCAAAGUCUCCAGUUCAGGGUUUAAAGGAGCAUGAGGCUCCUUUUAAGAAAUGAGACUCUCUAGCGCCACCCUUCACCACGACGGCCGUCGGGGGUACUGCAGCCAACAGUGAAGCCGGCACGGGAGAACAGGGAGAACGUGCAUGCAGCGUCAUGUGACGUCACAUCCGCAGGACAGCGCGGGAAAUUCGGGCCCGGAAUUGCAGCACAUUUUGCAGCACACAACCUGUUCAAGGCAAAGGAGAGAUACACUAGAGGGCUCAUUCUUUUGGGUUUGGAACGCUUCAUCUGACAUUAUUACUAGAAAACUUAAAACGUAUAAGAAUCUUUUUCAUAAAUCCUGCCUCAAUCCUGUCUCAAGCUCCUUUAACAUCAUCAUGAUGAAGUUGUGCAGUGAUGGAGCUUGUAAAAUCAAUGGCUCACAUGCGUCUCAAUGAGUCAGUUGGGUUGGUUGUGAUGUUCAUGUGUGAAGCGACACAAUAAUUCUGAGUGUUAUUUCUGGUUGCAGAGUUUAGACAUCCUCAGGAGGCCUCCUUUUUAGAGACAAUCUGUAGAGGGGAAAACAAGCUGAAGAGCUGGUAGUCACACCAAUGAGCACCAAACCUCCUGCCAUUAGGUACACUGCAAAAACUCAAAAUCUUACCAGGAAUAUUUUGUCUUAUUUCUAGUUAAAAUGUCUCAUUUUUAGUCAAAAACUCUCAUUACACUUAAAACAAGUCAUUA